CAAACUGAUGAAAGAUUUCAAAUUCAACGCAGAACGAAACUUCCUCGCUGGUGCUCUUCUACUAGCAUCCGAGAUCUAAGAGAUCCUCAUCGACUUCCAGAAUCACGUCCAUGAAACUAUUAUUACUCUAUCUCUCUUGAAAUCACCACUCGACUUCUCCUUUCUCUUCACCACAUCACAACAAGAAGAAGAAGAUAAUAGAAACCCUCCACGUCAUUUCUUAUUAGAGGCUAUGCUCUGAUUUGGUUUCUGCAAGUCUUCUUCUUUCGUUGACCGCAAGGUUGCACCACAACCAGACGCUGUUAGUUUCUUAGUGGUCCAUGUUUUGGUAGCACGAGAGGUUAUGAGUCAUUGUAACGUCCCGGCUCUUAUUGAAGCACAAGUUGAAAUGGGGUCGGCUAAUGAAGUUGAGCAAAAAACCUUAUUCAAACUCGAAGAAGAUGCCAAGCAAGCUAAAGAAGCUUCUUUGAUGGAGCAAGGAGGAUCACUCUCUCCAACUUUCCCUCCACACACCACUAAAUCACCAAAGAACACCGUCCUUAAAAGCAUCAGGAUCGUUAUUUUAUCUAACAAACUCAACCUGUUACUACCUUUCGGUCCUCUAGCAAUACUGGUCCACUACAUGAUAGAUAGUAAAGGAUGGGUGUUUCUGCUGAGCUUAAUAGGCAUCACACCAUUAGCCGAGCGUCUAGGAUACGCCACAGAGCAACUUGCUUUUUACACUGGCCCUACUGUGGGAGGUCUCCUAAACGCUACAUUUGGGAACGUGACUGAACUGAUCAUAUCCAUCUUCGCUUUGAAAAACGGAAUGAUACGUGUAGUUCAGCUGACUUUGUUAGGAUCGAUACUGUCCAACAUGUUGCUUGUACUCGGCUGCGCUUUCUUCUGCGGUGGGCUAGUGUUUCACCAGAAAGACCAAGUCUUUGACAAAGGGCUUGCGGUUGUUAAUUCAGGAUUGCUUUUGAUGGCUGUUAUGGGGAUACUCUUCCCUGCUGUGCUUCACUACACGCAUAGUGAGGUUCAUGCCGGAUCAUCGGAGCUGGCUUUGUCGAGGUUUAGCAGUUGUAUAAUGCUUAUAGCUUAUGCUGCUUACCUUUUCUUCCAGUUGAAGAGCCAGUCUAGUUCUUAUAGCCCUCUUGAAGAGGAAACGAAUCAGAACGAGGAAGCUAGUUCUGAUGAAGAUCCUGAGAUCUCAAAGUGGGAAUCUAUCAUAUGGCUCUCGAUAUUGACUGCUUGGGUCUCUCUUCUCUCUGGCUAUCUUGUUGAUGCCAUUGAGGGUGCAUCGGUCUCUUGGAACAUACCAAUAGCGUUUAUAAGUGUCAUAUUGCUUCCUAUUGUUGGGAACGCAGCGGAGCAUGCAGGUGCUAUCAUGUUUGCCAUGAAAGAUAAACUGGAUCUGUCGUUGGGCGUGGCUAUUGGUUCCUCUAUCCAGAUCUCCAUGUUCGCGGUCCCGUGCUGUGUGGUGAUUGGAUGGAUGAUGGGUGAACAGAUGGAUCUUAAUUUUCAGCUUUUUGAGACGGCCAUGUUGUUUAUUACCGUUAUAGUAGUUGCUUUUUUCAUCCAGGAAGGGACAUCGAAUUACUUCAAAGGGUUGAUGCUCAUUCUUUGUUAUUUAAUAGUAGCUGCCAGUUUCUUUGUACACGAAGAUCCUCAACAAGAUGGAGGUAUAUAAACACCGUGGAAAAGACGGGUGUGAAGCAAGUUGGGUCUUAAUUAAAAGCUGAUGAUCUCAGGAACACAAAGUGUUUUUAGGGAAGAAAUGUUAAAGAUGUAAACCUGAUUCUGUUCUAAUGUGGUUCCCACAAACUUGAACCUGUUAGACGUUUUGUUCGAACAAGUGAAGGUUAUUUCUUUUGGCUUUCCCUCCCCGCUCCCAUAAGUAUUCUUAGCGACUUAGAAGGUUACAAGUUUUGUUAAUUUACAGUGAUUUUAUGAAAAAGUUUGAAAACUGUUUCUUGUGCUAUACACUAUAUAAUGGGCAUUCUGGUAUGAAAUGCCAUUUGUGGUGAAAAAUACACGACGGUGAAAACCUUUUUUGAUAGAUCAAGCAAUAUAUGACAUUACACUACCACAUGGUGUAGUGUUAGAUACUCCAUCAGAUAUGCUUUGAUUCUUGAAGCUAACCCAGCUAGAGUUCUUUAUAUUGUGAAAUAGUUUAUUGCUUUUGAAAAGAGCAUCCAAGUCGUUGUAGUAUAGUGGUAAGUAUUCCUGCCUGUCACCCGGGUGACCCGGGUUGGAUUCCCGGCAACGGCGCAUCUAUUUUGUUUCCUUUUCCUCUGGGCCCUGAAACGAAGCCCAUUUAUAUGACACAUGCCCAAUGUUCUUUGAUUCCGACAUUAAAAAUCUUAAAAAAACACAAACCUGUCCUUAGUAAAAAUAUUGUCUGAAAGCAAGGGUUAAUAUGUCAUAGUAAAAAUAAUGUCUGAAAGCCAAAUCUGGUUAUCAACUUCUUACCACAUUGGCACAUUGUAAAGAUCUGCUUGGUUAACCCGAAGAAUCACCAGAUUUCGAUCAAGAUUAAAAAAGUCGAAAUUAAAUUGGCAGCAGAAAAAAAAAAGAAAAAGAAUAGAAAGAAAAGAUCGGACAGUCCCUUUUUGCACUCAUCACGUAGAUGGUAGUUAAUUGGUGAAGGUGUGAAGAUAAAUUCGCUGGUCAUAUCAAAAUCGAAAAAAAAAAAACAAGUAUGGAUGAUGAUGAGAUGGAAGAAGUGGAAGUUGAUGUAUGGAUGAGGAGUUCCGUGGCCAUGAUGAUGAUGAUCUAGGUGCUUCAGAUUCUGACGUUGAAGAAUUUGAUUACUCG